AAGAGUGAGUGACCGAUUAAUAUCAACAAACCAAGUCAAUGCUCUAUCUCUCUCAGUUACAUACAACUGUUAAUUCACAUGUUAUAAUCGUACCUAUUUGUUUUACUACUGAUCAUGUAAUUAAGGAAGGGGCAUCACAUGCAUGGAUCUGAGGAACCUCUUGCGCCGCAAUGCGGCAAAACUCUUCGAGUCGUCGUCGUCCUCCUCCUCGUCAACCGGCUCCUCCCGGUCGUUAGUCUACACGCGCGCGAUGGAGUUUUACGACCAAGCGGAUAUCCGAUUCGAGGGAGUGGAGGCCGAGUUAAACCAGCUUUGCCAGAGCCUGGGGCUCUCCAGCAUUGAGGAUUUCUCCAUUCCGGCCGCGGACUGGGAGGCCAUUAAGCUCCGCUCCUCGUUGGACCUCCUGCCACCGCCGCGGAGGCCGAAUCGAGGCGGCGGUGGGGAGUUCGAUGACGAGGUGAACGAGAAACAGAAAGAGGAAAUUGGAGUAUUGGAGAGCGAGGAUCCAGCUAGAGUUUUGGAUGAAUGUGUUGUUCCUGCUGAGAGCAGUGGUUGCUGUGGUGGAAUUAAGGGUUUUCGGCCUCCGAUGUUGAAGCCGCCGCCGGGGGUUAGGGUUUCGGUGGUGGACGACGCCACGUGUUCCACGUCGGAUUUGAUGCGGGAUUUUGCGCCGAAAGGGGAAGGAGGAGGGAAGGAUAGUUACGUGGAAUUAAAUUCUUCCGAUGAUGAAGAUGAUCAUGAGCGAGAAGAAGAAGAAGAAGAAGAAGAAGAAGAAGAAGAAGAAGAAGAAGGGGAAGUUGGUGGAGUGAGAGUGGAGAGUGUAGAAGAGGAAAAUGCGGCAACGAUUGCGGAGAUUGUGGGUGAUUUUUCAGGGUUUUCUACUUCGAAUGAAGAUGAUUCUUCUGGCACUACCACUGGACCUAGGUCUAAUAAUAUAUCUCCCAAUGGGAGAAUCAAGCGUGUUAUUACCGCGGGUAACUGGCAGAAGGGUGAGUUUUUGGGGCGAGGUUCGUUAGGUUCUGUUUAUGAAGCGAUUUCUGAAGAUGGAUUCUUUUUUGCUGUAAAAGAAGUUUCACUACUUGAACAGCGGAAUCCGCGAAUGCAAAGUGUAUAUCAACUGGUGGAACAGGAGAUUGCACUUUUGAGUCAAUUUGAACAUGAGAAUAUAGUUCAAUACAUUGGCACCGAAAUGGAUGCAUCAAAUCUGUAUAUCUUUAUUGAGCUUGUAACCAAAGGUUCCCUUCGAAACCUCUACCAGAGAUAUUAUCUUCGAGAAUCUCAAGUAUCUGCCUAUACAAGACAGAUUUUGCAUGGUUUAAAGUAUCUUCAUGACCGAAAUAUUGUUCACAGGGAUAUUAAAUGUGCAAAUAUAUUGGUGGAUGCAAACGGGUCUGUUAAGCUUGCAGAUUUUGGAUUGGCAAGGGCAACCAAAAAAUUGAAUGAUGUUAAGUCCUGCAAGGGAACAGCAUUCUGGGUGGCCCCUGAGGUUGUAAACGGGAAAAACACAGGUUAUGGGCUUCCUGCUGAUAUAUGGAGUCUGGGAUGUACUGUGUUGGAGAUGUUAACGGGCGAAAAUCCAUACUCUCCCUUAGAAUCUAUGCAGGCAUUGUUUAGAAUUGGAAGAGGUGAGCCUCCUCAUGUGCCUGAUUCUCUUUCAAGAGAUGCACGGGAUUUUAUUCUGCAGUGUCUAAAAGUUGAUCCAGAUGAACGCCCCAGUGCUGCUCAACUCUUAAACCAUACCUUUGUCCAAAGGCCACUGCAUUCCCAGUCUUCUGGUUCUGCAUCUCCUUAUAUUAGAAGGGGUUAAACUUGUCACCUCCAACUGUGAAAGAUAAUGAAGUCAAAUUGGAUGCACAUAUCUCUGGUGGAUCUUUUGUUUUUUUUUUUGUUUUUUUGUUUUAUCUUUUAUAAUGAGAAGAGCAGCCAAAGCCUUACAUUUAGCGGUUUGCACAAAGUCCCAACAAAAUCUGUCCAAAUAAAUUGGUUACUUUGUUCAGAGAUCUGACAUUCAUUGGAUAUAAAAGUAUCUCCAAUGUUCAAUCUUCAAGUUGCUAGAGUUGGUCUCAGGUGCAUUGUUGUAACAAUAGUUCAUUGUGUUGUGCCUUUAGAAUUCAGAGUUUGCUUGCUUGUAACUUUACUCAAUUUUUUAAGCACUGCUUUGGAUCUAGCAAUGGAUAGGCAAUCCAGAGAGAUAACUCACCCUUUGGCUUGAAUGCCAUUUUUGAGAAUUAUGGUCCACGUGUUAUCUAAUUAAUGUGAUAAUUUGUCUGUUGUAGCAGUGUAAAAUAUCAACGUCAAGCUGUAAUAGGUUGUCCGAGUCUUCCCCUUUUGUUUGUUUAGUUAGCAUAUGAAAGAAUUCUUAGGCUAAACGUUUGGGAGCGGUAGUAACAAGGAUUAGAUACCAUGCUAUAUGUACAUAUCACCUUUAUUAGUAAGCAAUUGUUUGUUUAUAUCUUUA